ACUCAGAGUUAUCUCCUCUUCGUGUUUUGUUGUUUUCUCUCUCUCUCUCUGCCUCUCAUCUUCUCUUUCUUCGUAUACAAAUAUUUGUGUAGUGGUGGUCACCAGUUGGAAGCCCUCUACGUGGUCACCCUCCAUACUAGAAAUAACAGCCGAAUCUCCCUUACACCACUCACAUCUUGCUGUCUUGGCAAGACAGAAACAGCAAAAUUGAGCAACAAAACAGUUCUAAAGACAGCACCUGAUUGGAUUAAGACAGGAUGGUCGCGGUUGGAGAUCCUUCGACGACAGUGCUGCAGGAUCAGGGCUGACCCAGGGCUAACGAACACUAACACAUUCAUCACAUCUACCUGUCUGUCUGUCCUAAAUAUUUAUCUACCCUUAAUACACAACCACCCUCAUGGUUGUCCACCUCUUUCACCUAAACACACCCUUAUAUUUCACCCUCUAACUCUCAUUUUCUACCCACGUACCGCCAUACAUACCCAGGAUCUACCUGCAGCCUGUUCUGAAUUAUGCUACCCCUGAAACUUCAAGGAUUACCUGUGACCUCUGAUCCCUGGGGUACACAACUGGGACCAUCUCAACUUAAGGAGAAUUAUUCCUGUCCCAGUCCACUUGAAGAAGGGUCUCUGAGAGCCCACAAUUUCUACAGAGCCAGGCAUGGUUCCAGUGAGCUCACUUUGAGCCAAAUGUUGUCAGACAGUGCCAAGAAAUGGGCUGAGAUUCUCUCCAGAAUGAAAUACAUUCACCAUAGUUCCAGGAAUAUUAGAGGCAUCAGAAUUGGAGAAAAUAUAGCGGUCAUCCUCAGUAACAAACCAGUUAUUUGCAGCGGGGAAGAGGUGACUGCCCAGUGGUACAGUGAAGUGGAACAAUAUAAUUAUGAACAGGGAGGAGAUACAAGCACUUGUGGUCAUUUCAGCCAAAUUGUGUGGAGGUCAAGUAGACAAAUGGGUAUUGGUCAAGCGUCCACUACUGACGGUCAUUCCAUCAUAGUUGCCCAUUACUACCCAGCAGGAAACAUCUCUGGUCAUUACAACACCAAUGUCUUACCUCCGUUUUACCCUGAUGGGAUUCCUGUGAUAAACCAGACCAAACCUGCCAUAAUCCGACACAGUAAACAAUGUCAGAGAUCAAUUCCUCUGACAAAAGAUUCCAGCAGUUCUGUGAUAGAGAUCCCUGCCAGAACCUCACUCAACCUAAGUUAUGGGUCACCAGAAAAUCUUCAGUCAAACUCUCCAGAAUCCAGUUGUUCUGUGAUAAAUACCUCUGCCAGAACCCUCCCCAUCAACCACACACAUCAAUCACCAAAGAGUCUUCCAUCUAAUUCCACAAAUUCCAUAAUUGAGACCUCCUCACGCAACCUCAAGCAUCAAUCACCAAAGAUAUUCCAGUCUGUCACACAAACGCUGGCCAUGUUUUCCAAAGACUGUCUGGAAACUCACAACAAAUACCGGCACCAGCACCACAGUCCCCCUCUGCAACUCUCAGAACAGUUGAGUAAACUGGCACAAAAGUGGGCCGAAUCUAUUGCCAAAGAGUCUUACAUAUCUUACAGUAGCCAGUUGUACAAAGGCCAACAAAUUGGUCAAAAUAUUGUAUUCAGAUGGACAAAGCAAGGAACUGGCUUCUCAGGUUCUGAAGUGACAGAUCUUUGGUACAGCCAAGUGAAAAACUUUGAUUUCUCUCAUUACAAACACCGAAUGGAUACAGGUCACUUCACACAAUUGGUUUGGAAAAACAGUCAAUAUAUUGGAAUUGGUAAAGCUGGAAAUAGUGUUGGGGCAGUGGCUGUGGUGGUCUUUUAUUUCCCAGCUGGAAACAUUCAGGAAGAACUGCAAGAAAAUGUCUUUAAAACAUUCUAAAGAAACAAUUUUAGUCAUACAAUCUCUCUCUCUUUCUCUCUCUCUCUCUCUCUCUCUCUCUCUAUAUAUAUAUAUAUAUAUAUAUAUAUAUAUAUAUAUAUGUAUGUAUAUAUGUAUAUAUAUAUUUCGAUGACUACUGUGAGUCUUACAGUAAUUAUGGAAGACAACUCUGGGCUUAUCUAAUAAGGCUGAAGCCUUAUUAGAUUUCUUCUGUGAAACCUAAAUCCCACCAAAUUUAGUAAUGAGAGAAACACUGUGUACCCUAUUGCACAUUGGUUCUAUGGUUCUUAGACUGACAGAUAUGAGACUGAUCACCACCACCACCACAAGAUCUUUCCCUACCCCACUCCACCCUCUUUCCUUUACAUAAUACAAAGCCAAAAUAAUGUUUAUCUCUGUAUAAUCUUACAUUGUUCAUCACAGGUUUGGACAAGUUUAAAAACUUAAAACUCUGUUAAUUUUAUAAGAACAUGGCUGUUUGUUCAUCCGAUUCUUUUUCAAUCUUCAUUGGGGCCCAUGUCUAUGAGAAACACUGUUUUGGCUGACAGAGAAAAAUAAAAUAUCAAUCAAUCA